CCUCCACUCUCCUCGGCUGUUUACAUUCAAUGGCGGAAGUCGUUACACGUCGUGAGUUGGCAGAUUAGAAAGUGGACCUCUCUGGAUCCUAGCCAUGGAUAAAGAGUUAACACCUUUGGACUGCCUGCUGCCCUCAGGCUCGCUAAGUAUCUGUCUGAUAAUUCUGAACCAGCCUUUGGAUGCGAACUACCUACACAUCCUCUGGGGCAAAGCUCUCUUGAAGGCGUGUGCGGAUGGAGCUGCCAAUCACCUUUACAACAUCACUGCUGGAGGUUGUAACAGCUUCCUCCCCGACUAUAUCAGUGGGGAUUUUGAUUCCAUUACGACCGAGGUCAAAGCUUUCUAUGCUGACAAGGGGUGCAAGCUGAUAGAAACAGCCGACCAGGACCUAACAGACUUCACCAAGUGUCUGGCAAUCAUGCUGGAGGAGAUUCAGAGGAGAAAGUUAAAGGUGGACGCCAUCGUGACACUGGGUGGAUUGGCCGGCAGAUUUGACCAGACCAUGGCAUCUGUUGAGACCCUCCACCACGCUCUGUCCAUGACACAGCUGCCUGUGUUUGUCAUACAAGAGACAAGCCUGGCAUAUCUACUCAGACCCCAGGGCAGCCACAGACUUGGAGUGAACACGGGCCUGGAGGGCGACUGGUGUAGUCUCAUUCCAGUAGGUGGACCGUGCCAAACAACCACCACUGGACUCAAAUGGAACCUGGAUAAUCAAGUCCUGCAGUUUGGAAAGCUGGUGAGCACCUCCAACACUUACGAGUCUGUAGCUCCCGGAAACCCAAAGAAGUUUGUGACUGUGAUCACCGACCAACCACUACUUUGGAGCAUGGGGAUUCGUAAGAAUCACACAGAAAAACAAUCUUGUAUAGAAUAGUGGCAAGCACUGUUGCCUUAAAUAAAAAUUACUCACAACUAAGGGCCUUUCUGUAUAGAGUUUGCACGUUCUCCACAUGCACACAAGGGUUUUCUCCUCCCACAUCCACUACAACUGGAUACUCAAAAUUGCCCAUAGGCAUCAAUGUCAAAGCAAAUCGUUGUUUGCUCUGUAUCUUUGGCCCCGUGAUGGACUGUCGACCUGCACAGAGCGGACCCCGCCUUUCACACUGAGUCACCCGAGGAUGGCUUCAGUGGCCCUGGGACCCUCAAAAGGAACACAGCAGAUGGUGAAUACAUUUCAUAGUUGUCACCAUUAAAACUAAUGAUUGUAUGUAUAUACAUCCAUUUUCUACCACUUUAUCCUGCACAUGAGGGUUAUGGGGAAUGCUGUGCCAAUCUCAGCUGACAUAGGGCUAUUUGACUGUAUACUUUUUUUCCACUGCACAGAGAUAAAUUCAAAAGGAAGUCUGAAACCUGCCAUUGAAAAAGCAACUUAUAAAACCAAAAUUAUUGUCUUCAACAUUUAAUCUUUGACCAUCUCAUGUUCCAUUGUCACCUUGAAAUGAUCAGUUUCUGUCAAGUAUUAGGGGACAAAUUAAAUCUGUGUUCGUAUUUUUGAUGCGUGAAAAAAAAAAAACACUAGUUAAGGCCAUUUACAUAAAAGAGAACAUAUCUGUAGGUUUCCAUUUGUUUUAUUUACACAGCAAAAUAAAAAUGUUGUGCACAGAAUGUAAAAAUGCCAAUCCUUCUGACCCAAUCACAUCAUCCCAAAAACACUUUACAGCACCGCCCCCCCAUGGUAUUGAAGUUUGUCCUUUCUUGUCCAGGAUUUAACCACCA